CUUCUUCUGUUGUCUUUCUUUUUCUUUUAUUAGAAUGGAACAACCUUUUAAUCUAUUAGAAACCAUUCUUUUUACUCCAAAAGAAGGGUUUUACUUGUUAGAUUUACAUUUGAAACGACUUAUACAAUCAGCAAAAGAACUUGACUUUGUUAAACCCAAUAAACAACACAUAUCUAAUUUAUUAUUAUCAAAUAUACCUUCUAAUGGUCCACAACGUGUACGAUUACUCUAUGAUAAACAAGGUCAUACUACUUUGGAACAUACACCACUAUCAUGGGAAAGUGUCAAUAAGACAGUGGAUAGUUUGAAAAUGCUAGAGGAUACAAAAAUUUUGAAUGAAUUACCAACACUCAAGGUAACUUUGGAUAUACAACCUACAGAUACAAACAUCCAUCAACAAUUCAUUCGAAAUAAGACGACAGAACGAUCAAUAUAUACAGCGGCUCGAGAAAGAGUACAUGUAGGUUCGAAUGAUAUAUUUGAUGUGAUAUUAUGGAAUAUAGACAAGCAAAUUACCGAAACAAGUAUUGCAAACAUUGCUGUGGGUACAAAGAUGAAGGACCAGCAUGGGUAUGCAUGGAAAACACCAAUAUUAGAUUGUGGUUUGUUAUCUGGGGUUUUCAGGCAACAUUUAUUAGAUCAAGAUGAAAUGGUAGAGGGAAAGAUAACAAUUGAUGAUCUUAUCAAGGCACAACAGAAUAAUGAUAUUAUUGUAUGUUUUAAUUCUGUAAGAAAGAUAUAUAGAGUAUAUUUAGAAUAGUAAUAUGAUAAAUAUAUAUAUAAUUAUUCUUCAAUAAAGAUUUUGGUCUUAUCUAAUUUUU